AGAUACGUAGAAACAACCUAUCAGAAUAAAAAAAAAGGCAGCAUGGAUGGAGUCAAGUCCACACAGGAGGUCUCACGUUUGUCGCAGGAGGAAGUUAAAGAUCUGAUCCAUCAAUCUCAUGAAGCCAAAAAGUUUUCUUACUCUCCAUACAGCAAAUUCAGAGUGGGAGCUGCACUCCGGACCCUCGAUGACCGUGUGUUUCUAGGUUGUAACGUGGAGAACGCCUGCUACAAUCUGGGAGUGUGUGCCGAAAGGAAUGCUAUUGCAAAGGCGGUGUCGGAUGGCUUCAGACAGUUCAAAGCCAUUGCCAUCGCCAGUGAUUUGAAUGACCAGUUCAUCUCCCCUUGUGGUGGCUGCAGGCAGUUCAUGAGAGAGUUUGGGUGUGACUGGGAGGUUUAUCUUACAAAGUCUGACUUCUCCUACAAGAAGAUGACUGUGGCUGAGCUGCUACCGGACUCUUUUGGUCCUGAAGAUCUGUCCAAAAAGAAGAUGUCCAACAUUCCCAGCAAUCUCUGAGCAUAUUUAUACUUUUUUUUUUUUUAAGUUUACAUUGCAUGUUGUUUCACACAUACAUCCCUUUUCACAUUUAAUGGUUUCUAUUGUGAUAUAUGUUAUUGCAGCUUUGUCAUUUUAAAAUAGAAAAUGUGCUCUAGCUUUCUAGCAGUUGGAUUUGGUUUUUAGCUUCAUUUAAUUUUUGGAAAUU